CCAACAACCUCAACACAUAUUUGGGCGAGCUCAUCAGUAAAACAAGGACCCUCUAACACUGCCCCACUUACUUUUCACGAUCCUUCGGCCUCUCCAUCAUGGACUCGGAGUGUUGGGAGUGCGGCAAAUAUUUCUCUUCUGGAGCAGUCGCGCUCAGACAACACUGCCAAAGCACCAGCCAUACCGAAUGCCGCCGCUGCUACGCUACCUUCAGCAACAAUCAAGACCGUAUUAAACACGAAGCGGAUCAGCAUGCGUACUGCUUCGAUUGCGACCGCGACUUUCUGAAUCCCAAUAAUGCCCGCCAGCAUUUGAACUCCAAAACCCAUCGCGGCCAUUCGAUGCAGUGCCCCCUAUGCAACAAGCUAUAUACCACCGCAACCGGCAUAGUCUACCACAUUGAGUCUGGUGGAUGCCCCAACACCCAGAACUUCUCUCGCGACGCCGUUUACCGCCUAGUCCGCAGUCGUGACCCCCAAGGCAUCAUCUCAAAAAAGCUAAUUGGCUGGACGGGCGGGGACGAGUACGAGGCCACGGAUCGUACCUGGAAUGGAUACGGUUACGAGUGUUAUCUCUGCCACCGCAUUUUCCCAAAAAUUCACAGCCUAAACCAGCAUCUGAAGUCUCCAGCCCACCAACAAUCCUACUACCACUGCCCGAACCUGGUUUGCCGUAACGAAUUUAGAACCCUGGCAUCCCUCGUCAACCACCUGGAAAGCGAGUCUUGUGGCUAUAUGCGAUUCGAGACUGUGCAAGACAGAGCUAAAAGGAUGAUACUAGGUGGAAGGAUUAUUGGAUGUUGAUAUGGCUUGCUUCAGUGGAUAGCCACCACCUUCUAAGUGAUUGGUCAGUCGGCAGAAACCUUGGUGGAAUUGCACUCUAAAACUGCUUGGACAGGCAAGAAAUAGCUCACAGCAUGGCAGGCUUGUCUGCAGGCUACUGCUUGUCGCUUGCCGGUAAAUGCCACCCUAAAGAUGCUCGAGAUGUUGAAAACAUAGUUGUUGCGAAGGCGUGUCGUCACUGAGGAGCGAAUUUUACAUGACUAUCGGCAUCUUCCGGUCCCCGGUUAGACAAAAGAAGCGAAGUUUAUGAAAUGAACAACCUGCUGAGAUUGUGCAUGGCAUUUGGAUAUGGUGCCGUUUCCCCGUGCUGCGCGACCUGUGUGUACAAGCCAGGUAUCUUAUCUUGCUAUCGCCCACUUGAACUAUCCCCUCAUUGAACCUUGACCAACUCAACCUUUCCUGGAAACAUCAGCCAAACAUAAGCGCCUCAAAUUUGUAGGGAAUCAAAUGCCGAGGAGCUUGUGG